CCGUUAUUCCCGACGACAUGUUUCUACGCAUGAGCCUUGCUAGCCAAGCAGUUUUAGCCUAUCUUCGUACUGUACGGUCUUUGAUAAAAAUUAAUUGUCGGGCAAAAGCGAAACGUAGCCUAGGUUUAGUUAUCUCUCUAAAUUAUUAUGUUGAUUAUGUGAGUAAUAAAAUGUUUGAAAUUGGCAAUACUUUGCGAUAAAAUAACCAAUAGCUGAAUGACGUCGAUAACUGAUCUAUUUAGCUAGCUAGGCUAGCUUGGUAUUGGUAACAUUUGUAAUGUAACGUUACAGCUAAUCAAUUUGUUGGAGAAAGAAAAUGAUAAUCUAUCCAGUAAAUCUACGAUGAUUGUAGCGAUUGUAGCGUGGAAACCAUGAAAAGAUCUAGAAGUGUUGGUGCGUCUUCACCUUUGAAUGGGAUUGGAAAACAAGGUAUUCUAACGACAUGGACAUUCAUUGUUUUUCUGUUUUUUCUUUAGCUAGCUAGUUAAUGUUAACUAGCUGUUAGCUAGUUACCCAAUUAGUCGAGAGGAUGUAACGUAUCUGUCUGGCUAUCUAACUAGUUGUCAUGACCCAUGUUUGCAAUCUUGUGUUAACUACAUUAGCUAGCUAACGUUUACGUUAACAGCUGGAAAAUCGAAAUACAUUUACGUUAGCUAGCUAGCUAACGUUAGCGAACAACACACCAUUGACUGGUAGUAAGGUUACCCAGGCAUUGAUUUGACAUGGUCUCCUUAAAUCUUUAACCAAAACACCGGGACAGUACUAGGAACGUAUAAGAGAACGGAGUUGUGCGUUCCUCACGGCACAUACAUAAUACAGGAUUCCUUAAAAGACAUAGCGAAAUUAACUGUAAUAAAUAUUUAAUCAUCCUGAAAGCACACAAUUAUUCCCAGUUUGUGUGGCAUAGUGACAUCACUAUCCAGCAAAGGCACAUUGCAGGGGGACUGUCAAAAGGUCUUGAAUUGGAUGUACCCCAAUGCUGGAAGUGGGGCCUAAGUGAAAAAGUUUGGGAACCCCUGGUCUGAUGGAUACUUUGCCUGUCCGCUUCCGAGUUUAGCUAUCUCAGAAGGAUGUUCUGGCUAAUGACCACUGUGCUGCUGUGAGUUGAGACCUCACCUGAACCGUUGUCAUGUGGACAGAUAGGGACUCCCGGAGGAAGAGGAAGUUGGCGGAGAUCUCUCAGGCCCUGAACGUGACGCCGGUUGAUGUGGCAGUGCUGAGGAGGAUGGCCAUCAGCGAGGGGGGGCUGCUCACUGAUGAGAUCCGCUGUAAAGUGUGGCCAUGGCUGCUCAACGUGCCCACCAACAUCCUGCCUGAGAAACCAGGUGAGCUGCAUGGGCACUGCCACUGACAGACAGACGAGGGAUGCUACAAAGGGUAAUAGGCCUAUAUUAAGCGUAGGGGCAUGUAUUGGAUCUAUUUUUAAGGGGAAGGGGGAUUUAGGGUUUGGCAGGGGUCUGAGCUUAAUUGACAGCAGAUUUUGUCACUUGAGUUAGCCUACUAUUUGCUGAACCUGAUAGUUUCAUCAAUUACAGUGGAGUCCACAUCCCCACUGCAAUUGCCUAUACAGUUGAAGUCGGAAGUUUACAUACACUUAGGUUGGGGUCAUUAAAACUAGUUUUUCAACCACUCCACAAAUGUCUUGUUAACAAACUAUAGUUUUGGCAAGUCGGUUAGGACAUCUACUUUGUGCAUGACAUAAGUAAUUUUUCCAACAAUUGUUUACAGACAGAUUAUUUCACUUAUAAUUCACUGUAUCACAAUUCCAGUGGGUCAGAAGUUUACAUACACUAAGUUGACUGUGCCUUUAAACAGCUUGGAAAUUCCAGAAAAUGACGUCAUGGCUUUAGAAGCUUCUGAUAGGCUAAUUGACAUAAUUUGAGUCAAUUGGAGGUGUACCUGUGGAUGUAUUUCAAGGCCUACCUUCAAACUCAGUGCCUCUUUGCUUGACAUCAUGGGAAGAUCAAAAGAAAUCAGCCAAGACCUCAGACAUUUUUUUGUAGACCUCCACAAGUCUUGUUCAUCCUUGGGAGACAUUUCCAAACGCCUGAAGGUAACACGUUCAUCUGUACAAACAAUAGUACGUAAGUAUAAACACCAUGGGACCACGCAGCCGUCAUACCGCUCAGGAAGGAGACGCGUUCUGUCUCCUAGAGAUGAACGUACUUUGGUGCAAAAAGUGCAAAUCAAUCCCAGAACAACAGCAAAGGACCUUGUGAAGAUGCUGGAGGAAACGGGGACAAAAGUAUCUAUAUCCACAGUAAAACGAGUCCUAUAUUGACAUAACCUGAAAGGCCGCUGAGCAAGGAAGAAGCCACUGCUCCAAAACCGCCAUAAAAAAGCCAGACUACGGUUUGCAACUGCACAUAGGGACAAAGAUCGUACUUUUUGGAGAAAUGUCCUCUGGUCUGAUGAAACAAAAAUAGAACUGUUUGGCCAUAAUGACCAUCGUUAUGUUUGGAGGAAACUGGGGGACGCUUGCAAGCCGAAGAACGCCAUCCCAACCGUGAAGCACGGGGGUGGCAGCAUCAUGCUGUGGGGGUGCUUUGCUGCAGGAGGGACUGGUGCACUUCACAAAAUAGAUGGCAUCAUGAGGAAGGAAAAUGAUGUGGAUAUUUUGAAGCUACAUCUCAAGACAUCAGUCAGGAAGUUAAAGCUUGGUCACAAAUGGGUCUUCCAAAUGAACAAUGACCCCAAGCAUACUUCCAAAGUUGUGGCAAAAUGGCUUAAGGACAACAAAGUCAAGUUAUUGGAGAGGCCAUCACAAAGCCCUGACCUCUGUCAGGAGGAAUGGGCCAAAAUUCACCCAACUUAUUGUGGGAAGCUUGUGGAAGGCUACCCGAAACAUUUGACCCAAGUUAAACAAUUUAAAGGCAAUGCUACCAAAUAUUAAUUGAGUGUAUGUAAACUUCUGACCCACUGGGAAUGUGAUGAAAGAAAUAAAAGCUGAAAUAAAUAAUUCUCUACUAUUAUUCUGACAUUUCACAUUCUUAAAAUAAAGAGGUGAUCCUAACUGACCUAAGACAGGGAAUAUUUACUAGGAUUAAAUGUCAGGAAUUGUGAAAAACUGAGUUUAAACGUAUUUGGCUAAGGUGUAUGUAAAUGUCCGACUUCAACUGUAUAUCUUGCAUGCCCCCAACAACAGUUGAUGGUUAAAUGUGUGACCUGAUCUCUCUCUUCUCCAGAGGAAGUAGAGCGGGAGAAUAAUAAGGACUAUAACCAGGUGCUGUUGGAUGUCCAGCGUUCCCUUCGAAGAUUCCCUCCUGGUGAGUGACACUGGUCUUAGAAUAGCAUUAAAUCAUGUGAGGCAGUGGCGUGUUUUGUCAUCAUUGUCUGUUCUGCCGGUGUCCCACUUGAAUUUGACUUGUGUGAUGUAGGCCUACAGACUACGCAACCCUGUCAAUUUGUAUUUGUUUCUUUUGGAGAGUGUCCUAGAUGUCUGUAUGUUACUACUUUAUUUAUUAAAGCAGCAGAAAGUCCCAAAAUGGAGAAAGCAUGAACUGAUUACUGGGUGCUUUGGAAUUCAUUGGAAUUCUGCCAUGCUUGUGUUUCUCUGGCCAAGAAUUCAGGACAACCUUUAUGCAUGCGAAAGUUUGGUCAUUUUGUCAGGAAGGGUGUGACCGUCUUCUUUUCCAGUUGUAUACUACAUAACCCUAAUUUGGGAACUGCCUGCAUAACUCGGCCCAGCGUCGUCCGGGUUUGGCCGGUGUAGGCCGUCAUUGUAAAUAAGAAUUUGUUCUUAACUGACUUGCCUAGUUAAAUAAAGGUUAAAUAAAUAAAUCAGUGCAUAAGAUACACAAAGGCCAAGUUAUACUUUUAUUUUAUUUUUUUCAUUUAGCAGGCUCUCUUAUCCAGAGCGACCUAACUAGAGAAAAGCUAUACAUGCUUUUCUCUAGUUAGGAUUUGGCCAUAAUGAGGAAAUCAGCUGUGCCUUUUGACUUGUGACUAGGGCUGUUGCGGUGACCGUAUUACUGCCACACCGGCGGUCACGAGUCAUGAAGGCAGUCAAAUUCCACGUGACCGUUUAGUCACGGUAGUUAGGCUUCUCCAAGCUCUGAUUCUGCUCAUGGUCAUUAGUAGCCUACCAAACUUGCUAACUGCCUGGUACUCAGCACUCUAUUGUCCUUCUAAUCACUCUGACAUCAAUGCAAAUGUAAUCGAAAAUCUAAUCAAACACUUUGUGAGAGCUCAUGUUGCGAAACAUUUCUAUAGGAUAUGCAAUUGCGUGAGAAAACAGAGUGAUGGCCUCUACUAAAAAGAGGAUCCCAUCAGCUUUCUAUUGACUAGGCCUGCUAUAUUUAUUUCUCACCUUUCCUAAUAUUAAGCACAUUGCUGUUCUUUACAACAGCAGAAUAGCCUACUUGGCUGGCAUGAAAAUGAAUCAGAGGGAAAGGGUCCUCCAUGUGCUAUUUAAGUGCAUAGAUGACAUGUAUUUUUUCCGCUGCUCUUGUUUCAAGACAGGUGUAUGAUAAUGGUCCAUUCUAAAUCAAAACAAAUUUCACACAUAUUUAGUAUACUGUAUGUAAAGACAAGAUUAAAUCAAUAAUAUUUUGAUGGGUGACAAUAUUAGCCUAUCACUUGUGAAUUAUAUAUUAUCACUUGUGAAUGAUGCCCAGCAUAAAAUAGCCUUUUUUUUGCGACUUUUUCGAAUCAUAGUCACACACCUCAUGUAGCCUAGCCCAUAGGCCUAUAUGUUUUGAUAAGGUUUGUAUCACAACUAAAGUGGCCAAAUAACUUCUUAAAAUUAAGCACAUUAAUCCGCUUUACAAGGGGUUUAGAGCCUAACUGGCAUACAUAAGCAGCGGAUGAGGAUGAAGUUUGGGGAAGAUAAUUUUCACCAUAAAAAUGCACCUUUAUAAAAGCAUUACAUACAUAAUCGCAUUUGCGGUCACUUUUGAUAAUGGUGUUUUCCCGCUAAUGGAACAUUCUCACUUAUAGCUUACUGCCAUGUGCGCAUUGCUGCGCUUAUAAUGUGAAGAAAUAGCCGAAUAGUUUAUCAACAUUUUAAGCUAAACGUUCUAAUUUGUUGUGUCAGCCACAUUGUGUAAAAAAUGUUUUUUUGAUGCUAGUGGUUGUAUUGAUUUGUGAUCUAUUGCAUCCCACAACUGUCCCAGACUAUGUUUGGAAUAUUUAUUUAUUGAAUAGAAUAGGUUGACCUUUGUACUAUGGGGGAUAGUUGAUUGACAUAGGCUAGUGCUUUUGCUGUUCGUUAGGCCUGCUCAUCUUGUUGGCUGACGAAAAGUAAAUGUGGACAGUUCUUCCAAUAUCUUCAAUAUGCACCUCAGAAUUGGAUAAGAAGGUGCGCAGUUGCGUCCCGAUGUGUCUGUCUUCACUUGUAGCCUGUGAGAAAGACCCGAUCACGUGAUGGAGAGAGCGCAGCACUCAGGGAGAAGGGCACAACAAAGGCAUGUGAAAUUCGAGGCAUUAUCAAGUGCUUGUCAAAUUGUGAAUGAGAGACUAAUGAAGUGUGUACAGCCUGCGCAAAAACAAAGCAGAGCUCAUGCCUUUCAAGGGACUUUUUUCAAAUCAUCAUUAGUCGCAUCAUGCAGCCUUAAAAUGUAUUAAAAAUCAAAACAGCCCAACGUUUGUAGAACAACUAAAGUUACAUUAAUAACUCUAAAUUAAGCAUAUAAGAGUACCUAUUUCGUUAUUAACCGCUCAACACAGAAUAGCCACAUGUGCGUACUCCCUCAAAUCGUUUUGAGAAAAUAUUUCUAUUUUAUUCAGCUUUGUUCAAUUGUAUUCUUCAUACUAUAAUAUAAAAUAAUGCCACGGAAUUCUAAGCAAAUCUUGGAUCAGGACCUAACAUAAGGACAACUCAAGAGUAUGCUAUUCUGUUCUUCUGAUAUAGACUACAUUUUCUUCAUAUCAUGCUUCUUUAGACCUGUCUAAAAUAAUGGAUUUAUUAGUAGAUAUUCCAAAGGUCUGUAUCAGUGGUUUGUAGGCUAUGUGUGGAAGGCAAUAGAUGCUAAAUGUGUUUGUUAAUUAACGGUCAAUUACCGUGAGACCGACAGUUAUUUGCUUGACAAACAGCAGCUGACGAAAUUUCGUGACCGCCACAGCCCUACUUGUGACCUUUUGCCCUUUUGCCCCCUAUCCCUGUGUAGGCAUGCCAGACGAGCAGCGUGAGGGCCUCCAGGAGGAGCUGAUUGACAUCAUCCUGCGUGUGCUGGGAAGGAACACCCAGCUGCACUACUACCAGGGCUACCAUGACAUCGUGGUCACCUUCCUGCUGGUGCUGGGCGAGCGGCUUGCUACCGCUCUAGUAGAGAAACUCUCCACACACCACCUCAGGUGGGUCUCUGUCUCUCUGAGUGCUCCCCUCCCAUAGGAGCUUGGCUUUCAAAGGGGUUUUAAGUAGAAGGGAAGCCAUGUAGAAAAGAGAACGUAGCCCGUUACAAUACAACAGUAGCACCUCCUGUUAGUUUGAGUAUUUUAUAGUGUGUGCAGGUUUAAAUAACUGUGUAAACUGCACACGGUUCACCAGAUGAGUCAUCUUAUACAGUUGCUGGUGGAGACGAGGCAAGUCUCGAAGCAUUUCAUUUGAAUUACAUACACAGUGCUACCUUCUAUUUUUAUGAUUGACAGACUGUCAUGAUGAUUAUCUGAUCCUGGUUCAGUUUGUCAUGUGUUCAGUUCAGUUUGUCUCUCCUGUUCCUUUACUGCAGGGACUUUAUGGACCCCACCAUGGACAACACUAAACACAUCCUUAACUAUCUGAUGCCAAUCAUCGAGAGGGUCAACCCAGAGGUGCAUGACUUCAUGCAGCAGUAAGCAUAUUUUCACUUGUUCUGUUAGUACAAUCAGUAAUUCCUUCAAAUAACUAAUGAGCACAACUAAUAUAGCUAUAAUACAAAUAAUCACUAAAUGGGUGUCCCUACGUUUUGUGUCCUCAGGGCGGAGGUGGGCACCAUCUUUGCCCUUAGCUGGCUCAUCACCUGGUUUGGCCACGUCCUGUCAGAUUUCCGACACGUCGUACGGUUGUAUGACUUCUUCCUGGCCUGCCAUCCCCUGAUGCCAAUCUACUUUGCUGCUGUGGUGAGCGUCCUCUUUUUGGGACUAAAGUGGAGCAUUUUUCUAAGUGACUCCAAACAUAACCUUCUCUUUUUCCUUUUGUCUUCGGACAAUGGCUUCGAAGUUGCCGCUGAGGAGUUUGCUAACAUUUUAUUGAAUUCAAUAGAUGUUGUUAACUGGUUGUUGUACUGUGUGUUGUACUGUGUGUGUGUGUGUGUGUGCUCGCACGCCGUUUGGUCGGUGUCUGUUCCAGAUUGUGCAGUACCGGGAGGAUGAGGUGUUGGACUGUGAGUGUGACAUGGCGUCGGUACACCACCUCCUGUCUCAGAUCCCCCAGGAUCUGCCCUACGAGACGCUCAUCAGCCGUGCAGGAGACCUCUUUGUCCAGUUCCCCCCCUCCGAGCUGGCCAGGGAGGCUGCCCAGCAGUACAGUCAACAGUAAGACUGCCUGCCUCUUCUCUCACUUGUCUCUUUUUGUCACGUAAUCUCUCCCAUUGAUUUUCUCUUUCGCCAGCCCCCAUAGAUCUCUCUAUCUUCUUCUAUAUCUCCUUUCUCCAAGCUUCUUUUACUUCUUCUCUUUCUUUUGGUCUCUCUCUUUCUCCCUGCUGUUGCGAGUCGAAUUCCCUCAUUAACACUCUGAGGUGAGAUAGAUAGAUAGUGUGAUCUGACAGAAUAACCUUCAUCUCCCCUGACAGGUGAACUGUGCUCUAAUAACCUGACAGCUAAUUCUGUCUCCUCCUUCACACUAGCCUGUACCACUGAUAUUAUCAUGUACUUAUUUCCAGCAUAUUUAAACAAUGACGCAGGAAUUUGAACAUGUACAUGAAUUUGAAGAUGUAUUUCUAUAAAUAAUAGGGACAAUGUGUGACAUUGGGAUAAACAUUUCUAAAUGGUUUGAAACUAAAAUAAAAUGUAUUUUUAUGCAGUUCCAAAUGUGUACUUAGAGGAAUAAAAGUGAAAAUAUGUAAAUUGGCCCAUAACUCCACCUAUACAACAACAAAGUAGCUCAACACCCUUCAAUUGAAGCGGCGGGAAACAAACGAAAGUGGCCACUCUCACAACAACUGAUCAAAAAUAACAUCACAGAUAAUUAUGAGGGAGCAGGAGAAUUUAUAAAUUGACUACAAUAAUUACAAGGAGUUUUCAGCCACCAAAUUGAGGAAAUGUCUGAUUUUCAAGGUAGGCCUAUACCAGUACUUGAAUUUCUGAGCUCCAAGUUCAAGUAGGCUACUUCAAGCUCCUUGUAUUGUUUAACAUUGCAGUUGUAACAUGGAAAAAUGUUAUUUCAUUACCAGAUCAUAUUGUGAAUAAGCCCACUAGGCUAUGUAAUUUGUUGCCAUUUAUAUCCAGAAUAAUUAUUAGGAAUAGCGUUGGGUGUUGCGCAAUAGUAUAUCCUACACAAUUGCGCACAGUAGACUAUUCAAUCCGAGGCAUGAAAACAUGAACUCGUUACCUUGCUGCUUUCUCUGUUAAAUCUAACGAGAUCUUGCUGUAAAUCAAACUGACAACAACAGAUGAUCAGCAACAAUUCGCUAGGGAUAUUCGAUCCAAUGUGGAUCCAGGCCCAACUCUCUUCACCGGCGUAACGAAUGAGACACAAAUAUUCUUGACAUUCCUUGCGAACACCUUUUUUCCAGCACUUGGGCUGUUUCAAGGAGACACAAAAUGUUACAUAGUUGCACUGCGGUGUGGUAGGAAGGCCUGAAAAUAGGUAAAUACUCCAACCACCCAAGCCAUAGACUAUUCUCUCUGCUUCCGUGCGGCAAGAGGAACCGGUGCAUCAGGUCUGACACCAACAGGCUCUUGAACAGCUUCUAUCCCCAAGCAAUAUGACUGAUAAAUAGCUAACAAAAUGGCUACACAGGCUAUCUGAGUUAGCCUUGUAUCUUUAUUGACCUUUUAUCUCUAUGCACACUCACACACACACACACACACUCCAUCUGCUUACUCACACAUAAUAUGCACAUACAUUUCUACUGACUCUACCCACACACACACACCCACUCACAUACAAGCUGCUGCUACUCUGUUUAUCUUAUAUCCAUUUGCCUAGUCACCUUACCCCUAUACAUAUCUACCUCCAUCACUCCAGUGUCCCUGCACAUUGUAAAUAUGGUAUUGGAACUGACCCUGUAUAUAGUAUGCUUGCUUACUUAUUGUGUUCUUCAUAUUUCUCGUUUAUUUUCUAGUAUUUCUAGUUAUUGAUUAUUGCAUUGUUGGGUUUUGAGUUAGCAAGAAAGCCAUUUCACUGUACUUGUGCAUGUGACAUUAAAACUGAGAUCUCUAUACAAGAAAAACAGUCCGACAGCUAGAUCCAGGAUUCUUACAGGGUUCAAGUUCAAUGUCUAAUUUUAACUGAUUAAUGCGUAAUAUAUGAUAUAAGGACAACUUACAUUGCCAUAAAUGCAAGGACAGAAAAGUUAUGUUUUAUGUCACAGAAUUUUGGACAAAUCCGUCAAGACACAAACCAUGAGAAAGAGUUCAACAGGUUUUAAAUCAACCCUUGAAUUUAGUUGAAUAUAGCUAUGUUCCCCCCUUGUAUCUUAAUAUAAUGACAUGAGAAAAAUUGGCAGAUCAUUAUUAAUGACUUACCAACAGCUGUAACAAGUUGUCCAGUGUAGGAAAUCCUCACGGGUACCCUAGAAAGACACACAUACCCCAAGCGAAGGUUCUGUAUAUUUAGGAAAAUACAUGUCCUUCCUUCUGAUGUUUAUGUUCUCCUAAGCUAUACCACUAGUAUGGGAGACCAAUAGACCUAGUUUGUACUAGAACAAGUAACAAGGUUAUCCUCAAACAGCCAUGUAAUCCUCUGCCCUGUCCCAGCAGUAGCUGCCUAGUGUUAAUAACAUUGUCCUCUGUCUCCUCCUUCACACUAGCCUGUAGGUCUGUUAUCAUGUACUUAUCAUCAGCAUAUUAAGCAAUGACACUUUAAUUUGAACAUGCAUGCUGUAGCUGCCUGGUAUUAAUACCAUUGCCAUCUGUCUCUCAGGAUGGCGGCCUCCACCUUUAAAGACUUUGAUCUGACCUCGGAGCAGCAGCGGCCGGACAAGGUGCUGCGGAGGCGGCGGAGGGAGAAGCAGGCGCUGGAGGGAGCUGCUGCAGGUGCUAUGGUGGCAACGGCCCAACCAACCGCGGCUCGGCGCUUCGUCCGACUGGCCGUCAUGGGGCUCACUGUGGCCCUGGGGGCAGCCGCCCUCACCCUGGUCAACACUGCCCUGGAGUGGGUGCCCAAACUGGACCUGCACCUCUUCCCCUGAGAGAGAGGGAAGGGGCCUUGUAGGUGAAUGAAGGGGGCUGAUGGCCAUUACAGCAGAAGACAUCCACGAGAAGGAGAGAGAAUAGAGAUCUUUGUGAAGAGAAUAUGGAGUUCUUUUCCACAUUAUUAUGAAGGACGAGAAUGGAACAGAGACUUGAUUGUCCACGUUGUUUUUAAUUUAUAUUUGUUAAUAAAAUAACUGGAUGGUGAUGAAUGUUGUGCUCAGAGAUUAAGCUAUUUCGGUGAUGGCAAGCGACAACUUGUAGCAAAUACUUUGUGUUACUAGGUUGAAGAGUUGUCACUGGGGUCGAAACUGCUGCCAAUGAAGAGCGUGUGAGAGAGUGUGGUUGUGUCCAAAAUGUCUCCCUAUGUAGUGCACUGUAUAGGGAAUA